CACCGGUAGUCGGUUUUGAGGAAAAGCUAAGUAACGCCAGAGAAGAAAAGAAAGUAGGAAAACAUCUACCUCUCUCUCUCUCUCUCUCUCUCUCUCUCAUCACUGAAUUCUUCUUUCGCAUCUUCAAGCUCCGUCCAUGGCUUCUGGAUCGUCUGGUCGCAGUAACCCCGCUUCUAAAGGCUUUGAUUUUGCUUCUGAUGACAUCUUAUGCUCCUACGAAGACUUUUCCAACAGGGAUUCCAAUUCCAAUGGCAAUCACAACGAUCCUGCAAUCGCCCCUAAUUCAACCAAGGAUUUUCACAAAUCAAGGAUAGCAAGGACAUCCGUUUUUCCUGCUACUGCCUAUAAUCCACCUGAAGAUUCUUUAAGCCUAGACGUGAUUGCAACUGUUGAGAAUAGCAUGAAGAAAUAUGCGGACAAUCUCAUGCGAUUUCUCGAGGGAAUUAGUUCAAGGCUAUCACAGUUGGAGUUAUAUUGCUACAAUCUUGACAAAUCUAUUGGAGAAAUGAGAUCUGAUUUAAAUCGUGACCAUGGGGAGCAAGAUUCAAAGCUCAAAUCUCUUGAAAAGCAUCUUCAGGAAGUUCACCGGUCAGUACAAAUUUUAAGAGACAAGCAAGAGUUAGCUGAGACUCAGAAAGAACUAGCCAAGCUUCAACUUGCUCAGAAGGAAUCAUCUUCCUCAAGCCAUUCACAGUCCAAUGAGGACAGAUCCUCACCUGCAGAUCCUAAAAAAACUGAUAAUGCAUCUGAUGCGAACAACCAUCAGUUAGCUCUUGCCCUGCCUCAUCAAAUUGCUCCUCAGCAGCUGCCUGCAGGACCCCCGGCCCAAGCUCCACCACCAAAUGUGAAUCAACCCACUCAACAACCUGCUUAUUACAUGCCGCCUGCUCCUGCAGCGUCUCAGCUCCCCCAGAAUCAGUAUAUGCCUUCUGAUCAACAAUACCGAACCCCCCAACUACAAGACAUGUCCCGGGUGGCUCCACAACCAACACCAUCUCAAGUAAAUCCUCCCACACCUGUGCAACAAUUUUCUCAGUAUCAGCAGCCGCAGCAAUGGCCUCAGCAGGGUCAACAACCCUCAAUGCAACCUCAAAUGAGACCCCCCUCAUCAACUGUGUAUCCUCCAUAUCAGUCAAGCCAAGUAUCUAAUCCAUCAUCCACAGAUACACAGCCAACCAGCAUGCCCAUGCAAAUGUCAUAUUCAGGGGUUCCGCAACCUGGAUCCAGCCGUGCUGAUUCCAUGCAAUAUGGAUAUGGUGGAACUGGUAGAACAGUUCCUCAGCAACCCCCACCCCAGCAAAUCAAGAGUUCAUUUCCUUCACAACCAGGUGACGUGUAUGGAGCUAGCGGGACACACCAGACACUCCCCCCUCCUCCUGGUAAUGCAUAUAUAAUGUAUGAUGGUGGUGAGGGUGGAAGGACACAUCAUCCACCAUCUCAACCCUCACAUUUUGCUCAAUCUGGAUAUCCUCCAACAAGUGCUUCCCUUCAGAACCCUAAUCUCAUGGUUCGAAAUCCUAACCAGUCACAGUUUGUGCGCAACCAUCCUUACAAUGAGUUGAUUGAGAAAUUGGUGAACAUGGGAUUCAGGGGUGACCAUGUGGCGAGUGUGAUACAAAGGAUGGAGGAAAGUGGACAAACCAUAGAUUUCAAUUCUGUUCUUGACAGGUUGAAUGUGCAUAGCUCUGUUGGCCCCCAAAGAGGAUGGUCAGGGUGAACAACAACUUAACUUGUUGUCCGGGGAACGUCCUUGACUGUUAAAACUCAAUUGCGUGUUUUAUUAUGCAUGGAAUAAAAGUUUUAUGUAGUGGAUACCGCUGAUCAUCGUAUGUAAAAAUGUCUCAGAUGUCUAGUACUUUUCCAGAUUAUAUCCUUUUACUUGUUCAUUUCUAUUAUUUAUUUAUUUUUAUUUCUAUUUUAAACAGGCAUAUGGAAAUUAUUAUAAUUAUUACUC